AUGAUACUCAUCGAACCGUACCAUCAAGCGGUCAGGGAUGUUGUCCUUUUACAAUUUAAUAACUUUAAGGAAUAUCGGAGGACAAAUGACGAGUAAUUUCCGAUUCCUAUGAGAUUUUUUCAUUAAAUAUUAAUAAAUAAACGAAUGCGUAUUUAAAUGGUGAAACAGGCCCUGUAGUCAGCAUGUUUAACAGUGGGCCAAUUUAAGUACAUUCGAAUAAUUAGCCAACUCUUUGAAACGCUUUAUCGCACCUUUUCUCUCUUAUGGCCCGCGGGGCCAUGUGUUGACAGGGUAUUUUGGCCUGACUGUUUGAAUACUCGGCGACCUCGGUGGGAUUCGAAUUCACGACUUUACGAGGAAGGUUUCAGUACAGCCUGCGCUCUAGCUAUCCAAGCCAAGAGACCAGUCUCAUGAGGAGCUGUGGGUUAAAUCACAUUUGGGUCAUGUUACCCGUCCAGACUGCUGCAGCGUAUGGAAUCCACCGAAUUUGAUACUGCGAGCUGACUUCGCACGCAUAAUUGCCUAAGUAAUCCGUUUAAAAGCCACCAGGCGACUACGAAACGUACUUAAAUAAUAAGUUUAAAUUGCUCUGAUGCCCCUUAAUAUUUUGCAGAUCGGCCAGAAUAAUUAUAAUUAUUCAAAACCCGCCGAAUAUCUACUUAUUGUUUCCCAAGUCGAAAUCGAUUUACUGGAUAACGCACGGCGGUAAUACAUCCAGCCUUUGUGCUCUUCGAUUUACUCUUGUUCUUAUGUUCAUUUCUAAAGUUACUGAGAUAAAGGGUUCCUAAAAUCUUCGUCAACGGCUGCAGGGUCGAUGUACGGACUCAGGUUUUUUGUUCCACGAAUCCAUGUCGGAUUUAAGAGAUAUGAUGCGCUCUGGCGUUAUAGUUUCUAACUCAGAUAAUACUAGGCCCCUUCUGUGUUGUGUGAAGAAUAAUUUUACCCAAUACUCUACUUUUGUUCUUUGAGUUUCCUUUAGCUGUAGUACAGAAGCAAUCAUUGGGGUUGAGUCUUCUGCCAGUAACAUUCUUGAUGAUCUUAUGAGAAAAGAGACUAAACACGUCAGAAAUGUCUGAUUUGAAAGGAAGAUGACUGGACGAUCGCCAAAACAGAUUCCUCUGCGUUUCAAAAAUGAACUGCCUCAAAAGCAGACGAAAUGCUCCUCACCAAUGCAAUCCUGACUUUUUCGCGGUGCACAUAAUCACAUAAUCUCCUGAAAUACGCAGUAGUCUACAUUUUUCUGACUUACAGGUUCUUAUUCAUUUUGGGCAAAUAAACUUUAAGUUCGCCAGCUUUCACCACUAAGGCAUGUCCGUAUAUCUUUAUUAUUUAGGAGUCAAUGAUGCCCCAUUAGAUAGUAUGGAGUUCUUAGCCACCGACCGUUUUACUCCAACAUUUAUACUAUUUAUGCAUAGUAAACGAAUAAGUGAAAUAAAUGUAUUUUAAAAUCACGAUCAUUUUUCCUUCGCAAUAUAUAAAAAAUUUCAGUGGCUUUCUUCAUUUUAUAGCCCGUAGUUAUAUUAGGUAUAAAACAUUUUGAGGUGAUUAUCGCAAUGUAAUAAGUACUCAAGAGACAGUUUCAAAAGAUUUUCAACACGACAGCGACGAUUUUCAGAUGUUUCCCAAAAGAUUCUUACUACACGCUAGCCUAGAUUUCAGUUUUGCUGCUUGUCCAAUUUAAGUCUCUCUGCAAAAUUGGGAAAGGAAUAAAGACUUCCUCCUCGGUCUCCCAAUAUAACUGAAGUAUUUUUAAUCGCCCCUAUUCUUAUAUCUCUUUAGAGCAUGUUUUCCUAACAUGGUGAAAGUCACGAUUGCCGACUUUGAUGGGGUUAUUUACAAUAUCUCCCAGGACCCAAAAUCAACAAUUCUCACUGUCAGUAUUUUGUUGAGAUUCUACAAGGAUAUUGAAAAGUUCGGCGAUUCCAAGGUGAAUUCUUCCUCAUCCACCUAAACAGUCGAUCAUUAAAUAAGUAAUCCAUGAUAACUGUAGUUAUUUUAAAUCCAUUAACACAGGUAUUGGCCAGAGAGUACGGUCAAUUUCUACAACCUGCUGCCGAGGCCGGCUAUUCUGUUACCCUGAAAAUCGACUACAACAAACUUCCAGAUAAUGUCGAGGAGCUGGCAACCAAAGUUGCAUUGUUACGUCGACACUGCUUUGCCAGCGUUUUCGAACACUUUUUCGACUAUCAGAUGUCAAAACCUUCAAGCACACUCCAAGGCAUUAUCCACUUCAGAACAGAUGAAACAAUGUAAGUGCAAUUUGUCUAGUCUAUGAUAGGUGUUGCUAGUGCUCCACUGUCCCAUGCAAACUAUUUAAACCUUAUUUAUGUAGGCUCAUUAGAAAAGGCUUAAUAUAUGGCGUCUCAGUGUUUAGAUGACGAACGGUUUUUAAAUUUAAGGUUUGUCCAAGCAAUGUCGGACAGGGCAACGGUUAUAUUCAGCACCCGCUUCAAGGACCCUGGCGACAUGGUCUUGGGGAAGACUUUCCUUCAGGUAAAAAUGUUUAAACAUUAUGCUCAGGAAAAAACCGGCUUACAAUUUACUAUCCAUUCUUGUAGUCAAGCGAUAUCUCUGCAUUAAAUAUCCUCAUGCAGGUGGACCGUGAUCAGGUAGAACGCGGGGCGGAAAUGUCUGUAAACUAUUUUUUCUCAUUUUCACUUCUAUAAAUCAUUCUUGGUUGUCUAGUUGUGGGUUGUGUGAGACGCCUAAGGGUGACGCAUUGUGAAGAUGGGUGGUCAUUGUAACGGCAUUGUCUUCAAGUAUGUCGGAACAUCAAUCUAACAACUCGCAUACUUGCAGAAAAAGCUCGUACGCCAUUGCGAUACUAUGAUGCAGCGUAUUCUGACUGACAUCUACCAAUGGUCCCUUCACCGAUCGACAAGACACUGCGACCCGGAGAUUAUAUGCUGGAAGGAUAGGUGGAGACGUCCACACCAAAAUUCCGGCAGUCACAAGGCAACCACUUCAGCCACUGUCCGAUUAUGCAUGGCCUUAUUGAGUUUCUGGACUGCUCAUUGUAGCAGAACGCCUCCGUUUUAGGAGGCUUACUUAUGCGGCCUUCCGAUUAGAGACGUUUAAGAACUGGCGGUUGCAAGUCAAAAAUGUUCUGACCGAAUGGCGUGGUUUUUAUCUAAUCAUCCCGGUUACUGCUGAGCACUUGAGGUGACAACCAAUGUAAGUUAAAGGACAGCAAUCAGAAGGAACAGGGGCCGAGCGCAGUGGCUAUCCCGUAAGUUUCACACAGUGCUAAAGAAAUGCCUCAUAAAAUCAUGUUUCUGCUGAUGGAGAGACUGUAGGGUUGACUUUGGAUAUGACGAGAAUCUUCUCCUCCUUUCUGUGCGCAGAAUUUCUCGGACUUUUGAGAUCACACAGAUGGCCUGACGUUAAGUGUCGCCCUAAAAAGGCCUGACUCUCGCUGGUUUUAUAACUGUUUCAGAGUCUCCCCACUCUUGCAGGUUUCUUACCUUCUUGACUCGCUGCGCCGUUUGCUCACAUACGGCUGUGUUUUGUCACUAGCCAUCGGAGUACAUUGCCUCCCAAAUGAACUUAACCAGCGCUCUAGAAAGGCGGUGUCAUAGCCGCAGAUUAAAACGCAAAGGGGACGCAAGUAUAUACGAUAAGUGGCUCAUUAAUGUAAGAGAAAGGAUCUGAAACAAACCUUUUCAUUCAUCUUACUACAACACGAAUUCCGAAAGUCUCGUUUUGGCCGGAUGUUUCCUAGAGUGACUGUAACGAAUUUAUCUGUUUAGGCCACAGUCCUUUCGGUACUCGAUAAACGUUACUUAAAAGAGGGAGAUACUGAAAUUGCCUCCUCUGACGCAUGUGGCUAUUAGACGGUGAUACUACAACCCCGGGUGCUGGCGUACCCAUCACUUGAGUCCGGUUUUAGCUGGCCAUUCAGACCAGGUCCAACACCCUACCCACUGGAGGUCCUUGGCUCGAAUUUUACGGCUACAUUUUGGAAUGUUUAGUGCCAUUUGAGAUUGUUGUUCGCCAAGCCUGCCUGGGUUCAGAACAUACAGUUUCCAGGCAAAUUGUAAACGUCCCUUUCCGUCCUGUGAUCAAGGUAGAUCGCUGAACGCUAGUCUCGAGCUUGCCUCCCACGGAAGACCCUCCACCGGGCUGUCAUAACAGAGCGAUCCGCUUGGUUUAGGCCGAUUGAUUACAAAAGCCUUUGUAACAGGAGGACACGAGUCUCUGUGGUUGUUUUAUGGCCAGUCAAAACCUGAUCGUUCUUGCUGCACUCAUUUUCUGCUAGUUGGCAAGUUUUAGCAACACUAUUAGCAGUUUGAUGCUUAAAAGGCUUUUCCGUAGUUUCCGUCUCAUCCGCUCUCAAAGUAUCCCGUGCUCAAUCUUUCCGUGUCCUCAAAUUAGGGCAUCCCAAAACAAGAAUUCCAUUACGCUCUGCAGCCAGAAGUGAAGAAGGUGACGGAAACAACCUCAGAGGUCAAAAGCGCCAGCACUGAGGAUUCCUCCCACCGUAGGGUCGGUUAAGAGUUGCUUCCUGCAUUCAAAAACCCCAGAAACUUAUGUGCCAAGUCAUCUAUACUGAGUAGCCAUUUUAACAUUGUGAGCGACAAGUGUGUUUAUGACAGCUCGGCAGGAUUUUAGUUUUCUUACUGCGGACCAAUCAGCCUCUCUCCCUCGCUAUCCUUAGGAAUGAAUUUUCAUCCUUCAGCCAAUAAAUAAAUCGCUGGCUGCGCACUGAUAAGCUGGGUCCCUGAAGAUCGGCUGUGGCUGUCCUGGAGUAGGCUACCGUGAGCUACCUUUUUCCGGGCUUGCUACGGAGGUCUUGGCCGUUGUCGGUGUCAUGUAGCUUUUCUGUGAAGGUGGCUGAAGGACGCGGCACAAACAAAUACUUUUCCAAGCUGGACGUUCACACGGCAGUUCGACCGUCGCUGUCGACGAUUUCCACCGUGUGCUGCACAUUAAGUUGAGAGCAGGGACGGCGACUCGUGCGUGAAUUAAUUUAUAGGGAUAUUAGACCUGCACAGCAUCUACAGCACUCUCCUCCCCCACGCACACAGACUGACUAAGCAUUAACACUGCGGCGUAUCCAUCAAUUCCAUCGUGUCAAGAAGCAACUGACCGUCCUCUGUUAAGUUGAUUUCCCUGGAGCGUUCAACUCCCUUAGUCGUGAUUCCCUCUUUUUGCUACUAGUGCGGGACGGUGUACCGACAAGCAUCAUGGCUCUUACCGAUUCCUGCUGUCGCUCAAUCGCUCUUCGAGUUCUUGUUCAGAAGAGUCUGUCACAACCAUCUGACAUCCAGUCUGUCAUUGGCGGGAUCCUCGGGGGGGGGGGGGAUGUGGAUGGUUUUUAGGAUGUCCGAACCCCAACGGAACAUGAGCUAACUGACCGCUGAUGACACCACAAAAUGUGGUGUUAUGGGUGAAAUUGGACACCAGAUCCGCUGGCCGAUCUACCAACUACGCACCUGACCAGUAGCUGCACUCUAGCAGUCUCUGAUGAUGAACUCCAUUUCAAGUUCGAAAGCUAAGGUCAAUAAAUCUACCGUUCCAGUGAUUGUGCCUUCGUCUUCUUUUAAACAAGAACCUGGGAUGCACAUAUUCUCUUCCAUUCGUAAGAAGAAGUCUGCUCGACCAUCAGAACGAUUUUCUUUGAAUUUUCCGAUGACGAACCUCUGCAUGAGUUCGAACAAAUGCCUCUGGUGCUCUUCUUCAUCCUCGGACAUUUCGGAGUUCCGCCCGAUUCCAUCAUCAGGUGACAGGCGCAUAGGGCGAGGGCGAUUUCGGGAUUCAUUCUUCCUGCCACCACACGCCUACAAUAAUUAGUAGCUUCGACAGUGAUCGUAAUUGCUGCGGGGAUUGUUCGCUCGACCCCUUCUCUGUGACUGUUCUGACAGUGAGAUCCCGAAAAUUAGGCGAGAAAGCUUCUUGUUCCAGCAACUAAAUUCCCAUCUUCUCAACUGCAUCCUGUCCUGCUUCUUUUGGCAGUUCGGGAAGUCGUUAAAGGAAAUGCGGAUAUUUGGUUGGCAUCAUUUGCACCGUUGAACUGAACAGUUAUCACGAAAACCACCAUUUCCUCUAAGGGUCUUUAGGAGCUGCCAGCAGAUGGCGUCAUAAAUGUACCUGGGUACGAAGGGGGGAGAGUUCGAUUUCAGCAGGCUUUCCGUGCUAAAACAGAAAGACAGCCGCUGGUAGAUAAGCUGGAUCAAUUUCCGGCUUCAUUUGAAAAGUCCGGCGACGUGAACGGAAGGGAGAUGCGAGCUGCUCCUCUUCCUUUUGUCCGGACAUUGGGUCCCGACGCUCGAUUCAUUUGUCGCAAGGCUUGAGAUCCGGGAAAUUACGACCCUGAACUGACAGUUCUACCGUCGCAUCCGACGAGGUUUCCCGUGUGCCUCACUACAUGGUGAAGCAGGCACGAUGACUUGGGACUAAAUUAGGUUGUAGUGAGUGUAGACUUGCGCAGCAUCCAUCGCACUCUCUCCUCCUCCAGCUGAGCCCGGCACCUUGACAGGGUCAAGAAGAAUGGGGGCGGGGGAUGGCGCGGCCGAGCCCGCUCCUUGACGCUCCACGCCCACUGGUCCGAACACAAAAAAUGACCAGGAUUUUAGCCAGCAACAACAGAAUAACAGGGUAAAAAGAGGAGAAUGACUGGGCAACCAUGCACUCGACUUGUCUACCCAGGGGCAGCGCAAGCCCAUCUACCGGAGAAUUGCCAGCGCAUGCCCGACUGAAAGGGCCAUGUUUUGUUGAUCGUGGCGCAGCAGACGCUCCCCGAACUAAUGACCAGCACAUGGUCGGGCUGUGGGCCUGUCGGUCUGCGAAGACCCACAGUGGCGUCGGCGAGGGUGCACGAGAAUCUGCACGAGAGCCGUUCUUGCGCCGGAGUGAGACUGCUGCUGACAAGCACACCCAGGCAGGCGCACACGUGCGUGCGUGCGACAUUCAGUGUCGACACGGAGGGUGAGGCUGUGAGACGGUGAGAGCUGACGAAAACACGAUGAGCGUGUGCGUGUCUAAGGGGCUGCCACCUGUGUGCAGGUGAUACCAAAACUAGGUCUCAGGUGAGAUGACUUGUGCACAGCCAACAUCCACGACGCAGGUGGAUGGAGGCGGAGGAGAGAGCAGUGGGCCUGUGUGCGUGUGUGUUCCGCCCCUGAAAGGGGUCACGCGAUAGAUGCGUUGGACCAACACGGAGGCUAGAUCGGGGUCUGGCAGGCGUUAUCAGGAAGGCGCAUCCAUAAUAAAUUUCGAAAUUAGGCGUUUGGUGGCACGUCCGUGUGCAGGUUCACAUAGCGCCCAUUUGGAUCCGUGCUACCUCCUCUUUUCAUUGUGGGGUGAAGUCCAGGUUGCUGUUCGUUGUGGACCAAGGGAUGCGCUGGUACGCCUAGGUGUGGGUUUCGCCGUGCCAGUUACCUGCGGCCUCUUCCGCUGCCGGCCUUUUUUACUCCGUGUCGACACCGGAUUGAGGUGGGGAAGGAGGAGAUAGAGGCGGUAGAUGCUGCUCAAGUCUACCAAAUCAUGUGCAUGCCACCGUCCCUGUUCCCACCCUUCUGUGGUGCACAGGGUGAACAUCGUCGGAAUCGACGAUCAAACUGUCGUAUGUGUGUCGGUCGCGGAAAAACAGUGUUAGCUGCACUAGAGUUGCGAAGGGGACAUGGGACUAGAAAUGAUACCUCCGCCUCCAAAGCCUAUUCACCUCAGGGGCACCGCUGACCUUUAGCAUCGCGUAGUCAGGUGUUCUAGAGGACUCUGUCAAACGGAAGGAAAGUCUGCCUAUCGGAAACUUGGAUAUUUCAACUGGAUUAAAUAGGACUCUGCUAUAGCGCACUCACUAGCUGCGUGCAGAAGAAACCCCCGGCCUGAGACACACACUUUCACUGAAACCACUGCGUACAAUUUCUGAGCACAUUACAUCGAGGACGGAAUUCAUUCACAUGUGUUUUGGGAGAUUUUGAAUAAGUCAUAUUGACCAAACCGUGAAAAACUCGGCGCCUCGGUGGGAUUCGAACCCGCGCAGUAAGGGGGAGGCUUUGGUACAGCCAACGCUCUAACCACUUGUGAUUAAACUCACAUCGUCCGGCGGGGCUUCGUAGCUCAAGAGGUUAGAGCGUUGGCUGUACUAAAGCCUUCCCCUUACUGCAUGGGUUCGAAUUCCACCGAGGCGCCGAGUUUUUCACGGUUUGGUCAAUGUGAAUUAUUCAAAAUCUGCCAAAACACAUGUGAAUUACGUAAGCCUGGUAGUCAUCUGGCGGAUUCUAGGUGAAUUACUUAGGACAUCCUGCUUGGGCAGUCAACUUACUGUAUCAGAUAUGCUGGAUACCAGACUUUGCAGUAGGUUGGGCGAGUAACUUGACCCAAAUGUGAUUAAACUCGCCUCGUCCUGCGGGGCCUCGUAGCUCAAGUGGUUAGAGCGUUGGCUGUACUAAUGCCUCCCCUUACUGUGCGGGUUCGAAUCCCACCGAGGCGCCGAGUUUUUCACAGUUGGGUCAAAAGGAAUUCAUUCAAACCCUAAUUGGCCUAUUCUGUGUUGCAGGAGUUUUCUGAGGCCAGACGCCGUUUCGAUGGGGCGCCGCAAGUUAUCUACUGCCAUAGGGAUCCGCCACGAGAACUGGCUGGGACCGACGCACUUUCUGGUGACAACAUUGCCUAUAUUACUUUCGGUGAGUUCAGAGCUGAGCACCUGAUAGCCUUACAAAUACUUGUUUUCUUUUCUACAAACAGUUCUUAGAGAGAAUUUCAAACUCUAAGUGGCGGGAACCCAGCUUCGGGGUUUGUAGGCGAACUCGUCAUCUAAGUACAGGGGGGUUGCAUUUCUUCUGAUGGUUAUGCCCAUUUUUAGUCAUUGAUCGUUCAGGUUUCAUCGUUGGCUGACAACCUAGCUGCUCACUGUCGUCUCUCAUCAUGAUUACGGAGCUUAUUGGCCUAUCCCAGAGUAAGGAAGUUUCAUGCUUUUUAUGGGAUUUUCGGCUUCACAGAGCAUGAAGUUAUUGCCUGAUAAAAUUCCACAGAUUCCAGCCACUGGUUUGUCGUCAUGCUCCCUCAACACUGAAACGUGCUGCAUUAUCUGGGAAGGAUUAGCUCAUGAAUCGGAACUUAAAUCUUCAAUCUACUUGUCUCUGCCGCCCUGUUUCGCAGGAGGUACGAAGACCUACCCAAAUAAAGCGAUAAUUAUUUUCUGCAGGCAUGUGAUCUGACAAUGUUGCCCUCUCUAGCUAGACUCUUCGUGCUCAGUCGGCCUAGUAACGUUCAUAAGGAAUCAUCGCAGUGGACAGAAUAAUUGUUUAACUAAACCACUUCCCAAAGCUUUCGUCGAUUUUGCGAGGACAAACUUUGAGGACCAGUUGUCGACGGCCAUUUUGGUCAUGUCUGGGGUCCUUAGCUAGGGCCCCGCUGCCUCGAGGUUAUUCUCCUUCGCAACCAACGGUUCCAGACGGCCACUCCAUCGACUUCAGCUCAGACGCACAUGCAUCCACAGAGUCGGAGCUAGCCAUGCGCCACCUGAACACACCACCCACCCCUCACCCCCCUGCGAAUGCAACGUAAGUCACUCGAACACCGCUCCUGGGCAAACGCAACACACACACCAAUCUGACGCCACUUGAGCUUGGCCCACGAGCCUACAAAAGCGACUGCCACCAGUUCCUCACGGACUCUCAGGCACGACUGGACGUAGUCAAUAUUAAUGCCCUGGCUUCGCCAGCAGCCACCGCCACCUAAGAGGACAACUCAGGGUUCCGUAUACAAUACGGCCCCUCCAUCUGGUGGUUUCAGCCAUCUCCUACAACAUGGGAUUCGGUCUGAUGAUUGUAGCGGUCUGAGUACACUCACUUCGUUUAGCUGCUUCCAAGCAACGCGCGUUAGCGUUAAAUUCCGUUUUCUGUUAAAGAAAACAGCAGCAACGACGACCGUUUCAAUGCGUCCGGAAGCCUACGGGAAGGGAAUUCUAAGUCAGGCAAGAAUUUCCGAGUUCUCUAACCGCUUCAAAAAUGGUCAACUGUCACUUGAAGAUGGAACCUGUUCGGCUAGCCCCUCAAGGUCUAGAUACAUAAAAGUUCAUAAAAUUUUGCAAUGAAUGGGGACUAUGGCGUACAGUUCAUGAGGACAGGUACGAUGCUGUAUGAAUGGACAUUGCACGAUCUUCAAAAAUUUCAUAAUUAGGAAACGGCUAGAUUGCAGUUGGGGAAUGGGGGAGCGGACGGCGACCUUAACCUUUCAUCCCAACCUUAAACUUUAACCGUUAACCUUAACGGCAACCCUAAUCCUAACAGAAAUCGUAAAGGUAACCGUAGCCCUUAGACAGAGCCGUAACUGUAAAACCUAAUCGUAAUACUGAAACCUAAUCGUACACUCAAACGCUAACCGUAACCCGAAAACCUAAGCCUAAAGGUAUAACCCUAACCCGAAAAUCGGAAACCAUUAACCGGUACCCUAAUCCUAACCUCGCACGUAAAACGGAAGCCAAAAAGGUCAGAUAUGAUUAUGGAAACAAACCCCCCAGCCACCUGUAAUACGGCUCCUGGCUACCAACUGCGAUCUGGCCUUAGAAACUUUAAGACCUGAUUAUACUCCUUCUUCAAAUAGAAAAUGUGAAUAUGACUUGAUUCUAUAUUAAACAAGUAAAAGAAAGCAUGUUUUGUACGUUUUUUAAUUAAAUGUAUUUGAAAACCAAUGUGGCAAGUGCACGUUGCUUAGGUACGCAUUUCUUGUCGAGUGCGGUUUUUACAGAAGUACAUUCGAAAUAUUAUAGGAUCCGGCCACAAAAUAAUCAGUAUUAUGACCUCACGUAGGUAAUCCUUCUUAAUGGAGAACGAAUUUCAGAAUUUCGGCCAAAAUUUCAUGAGAUCGGCCACUCACCGUAACCGCACUUUGCUUCCUUCCUAACCUCGGUCUUGUCAAGAUCUCUUCUAGGGAUGAUAAUUCAUACACUACCACUGAAAAUAAAAGCUUUCAACCCUGUUUCUCCAGACCCAAAUAGCAGAUGCACUGCGUGCCUGGGAGUUGUAGAGACAUAAUCCCCAUUACUGUCGCGACAGGUUAAUUCCCAUGCAGAACAAUACUAACUCCCGGCCCGGUCACGGACCGACAGAGGAGGAGUUGGACGCCAAUGGGGAAUGGAUGAAGAAUAGGUUGGAGCAAGUUGGUAGUCGGGCGAGUACGAACGCCCGGGUGCCACUGGAAUAGGCGUCAGAGUGCCUUGAGCGAAGGCAGUGUAAGUCGAUCUUGAAUUUGAUUGGCCCGCAUGGAUAGCAGUGAAUGACUGAGAAUCGGACUGGCACUGGUACGCUCGAGAAGCCCAAUGUCUCAGCAGGCGUCCGGAGCGAGGUCGCUACAUUGCCUUUUGUUUCCUGAAGCUGAUAGUGGUCAUCACAGAGCCUUUUUGGCACACAGUGACUAAUCAUACUCCAGGAGACUCCUGCUGGCGUCUUCGUGCUCUUACUUUUCCGUUCUUUCUCCCUCUCUCUCUCUCUCUCUCUGUUGCCAGUGCUUUCACCACGUCACAUUGAUGAAAAACACCGAGCCAAGACAAUAGACCUCAUUCACACCCUGCGCACCUACCUGCACUAUCACAUCAAGUGCAUGAAGGCCUACAUGCAGAUGCGGAUGCGAGCCAAAACCAGCGAAUUCCUCAAGGUCCUCAACCGUGCCCACAGGGAGACCAACACCGCCGUGGCCGUCAACGUCGAUCAGAGCAGUGGCUUGGCCACCGGAUCCAGCGCCAAGUAAGUGCGCUAGGGCUGUUUGUCGCUCUGUAUACCCAACAGCAUUGUUAGGCCUUCUGCUUCCACGGGCCAACCAAUUUGCGGAGCUUCGGUCAGUGACGGCCUUCUGCGUGUUUAAAAAAGGACGGCGCCGAUUUGAAAACUUGCGAAGUUAAGUGUCUGUAGAUCGAAGCUACUGUACGCCCUAUAGGCCCUCCAGGAGUUUGCAAACAACGCCAUUUAGAGUGGUCUUGAACGCGCAAACCACUGAUUUAGAGCACAAAUCAGAUCUCUAAAUGGAAAACUACUACGUGGGUGACGUUGGAAUGCACAUAAACAUGGAACAUGUAUGUGCUGACUUUGGGUUAAGAAGCUCCUCAGUCAGUCAGCAUAUUUUCCGCGGAAAGUCCCGUUUAAAUUAGAAAAUGACUUUGACGAAUGUGUGAAUGCGUUGUAAUCGUCAGGCCUGUUACGAACUACCACAGAAACAUUCGAUAUGAAUUAUUCUCAUGUAGGAGGUCGGAGUACCGAGAAAACCGAUGGUGUGAAGGGUAAAGGCGAAAGAUUGUGAGCUUAUUUGCGUGAAGGGGUGAUCGGAUGUUACGGUGGAUGAAAGACGGGCGGGGGAUCAUUCUAGGCCAUCCUCCAGCAGAAGGUAAGGAUCGGGUGAAGGCUUCAAGCAUGUGUGACAUACAAGGAAUACCUACCACACUUAUUUGAGUGGGUUUUAUUUCGACACGAUUAUUACGGUUUGGCGUUCCAUCGUACAAGGUUGGGUCGUCUAUUAUAGACGGUCUGGUGCAUUAUCUACAACCACCUCAGUUCACCUCAUCCUCAAUUUUCAUAGCUUAUCUUGAGUAAUUCCACGGGACUGAGGUUGAGUGACUGUGCACGGGUCUGAUAGUCCAAGGUCGCGCACAAAUGCGCCCAAUCACAACACCAGAUACGCACGUAUCAUCAUCAUCAUCAUCAUCAUCAUCAUCAUCAUCAUCAUCAUCAUCAUCAUCAUCAUCAUCAUCAUCAUCAUCAUCAUCAUCAUCAUCAUCUUCUUCUUCUUCUUCUUCUUCUUCUUCUUCCGGAGGCCUGACACUACAAAAUCAUUACCGGCUUUACUCUGUUGCACAAAGGACGCCUAAAGCUGGAGCAUUCCGUCAGAACACGAGCAGCGGGGGGGGGAGGCGACGGCGGGACUAUCAGUUAUGUUCAUUCUAUGAAGUUCGCUACAGAUAGAAAAUAUUGUCGUUCAGGCAUCCAAUCCAGACCAUCUCCUGAUUAGCGCCCUCCGACUCACGUUCCGUUCUGCUUUCGAAAAACACACGCAUCACAGGCAUAUAAAUUGCCUUUUUUCCGGUUAACAGCGGCCUUCUUUUUCACUCCUAUCGACGACUGGGUUGCACAGUGCGAGGAGCGACAGAGGACUGCCGCACCAGGUGCUCGUAAAGAUGACGUCAGCGGCUCACACACACACUUCUGCACGUUUCGCGCUGCUGCUGAGUGGUCGAAGGUCAUUUGUUUAUACACACUGUUCUAGCUCUGAUCGGACACGACCACCACACAUAUUCAGCUGUGAAGCGAGCAUCUGCACAAUACCAAUUAACAGCCCUCUGGACUGCGAUUGGAAACACGGGCGUCGAGAUUCAUCCUUUUGCUUCCUCCGUUGAACCUCCGCAUGUGAGCAACACCUUGCGAGUCCAACGAACGAGAAUAAGAUACAGUCUGUGCAUUGGCAAUGGCCGUCUGAAGUACGCAGGCGGAGAAACGGCGAGAAUGCCGAUAAGCAAGGAUUUUCUGGCGGCCUUAACCACCCUGAUCGUGUCUCUGUUUCCAGACCGCAAAGAGAGUUAACUGAACCAGCUGAAAGUAGUCAGACUUAUCAGCCAUCAUGGUCUCCUCUGAAUACCGUAAAUAAAUGUGUGGUUUUCCGUAGGCGGAAAAUAUACGGCCCGUGGUUUGGAAACCCUGGAUGCACGGCAGAGCGGGUUCAAAAUUAUUCGUGAAUUGGAAAAGUUUUUUAAAAUCGAAUAUUUCCCUGCCUUUGGGGGUAAGGGUGGAAGAAGACGUAAUUUUCUACCGAAUGGGCAAAAGAUUCGAUAUUUUUAUUCAUGCUUUCCAUGAAAUAUUAUUUGACUUUUAGGGGCAUCGAAAAUCCAUGAGACAAAUGCAUGCUACUUAGACAGUCAUCUUUACAGAGUGUAGUUUUUACAUGCAGCCAGAAGGAAGUUAAUUCGGAAGCUGGCAUCCCGAGGUAACUGAAAUAUUAUAGAAUUAUGUUACAGGCCGACUAGUUUUACAACCCUACUUAAUCAAUCUUUUCGGAACGGAAACGCAUUUCGUUUGACAUUUCAUGAGUUGGCCAACCUACUGUAAACAUAAUGGGAGAACUGGUAGAAAUCCUCAAAUUUUGGUUGCACUGUCAGAUAUCUUGAUACCCUCAUCAUUACUCGGGGAUCGGGUUACUGCAACGUGUGCUGUGGGAAAAUUUUGCGCAAGGACGCAGAAUGCCAUCUCUGAAUGCUUUCCGUAGUCUAGCUCCAGCCAUCAAACUCGGUAUGACACGAUGACCUGGUUUAUGUCCCCUGAGUGCGGUAGCAUACUGCGUCCUUGCUACGAUGUACAACUCGUGCUCCCCAGUGUAGCUGGUGUGAAUUAGUUUUCGGUGAUAACGGACUUGCGUGGCAUCUGUAACACUAACUCCCCCCCCCACCCACCUAAAAUGGGGAACACGCACGGCCGGAAGGGCGUGUCACCAGACGGCCCCGGACGAACUGCGUGAGUAGUCGGGGGCAUCCCAUCGCAAGGCGGGCUUAAUGCUUGACCCACCUUCUCUUGGCCUACAAGGCAAACCUCGCGGAUGCAGACGGAUGUUCUGUCCAUGAACGGCGAUACUACCUGCAGCCACCGCAGUUACAGAUUUAUCGCAUGCACAUGAGGGGCGUGGCCAACCUCCACUUCCUGUACGAAAAAAGUGUAGUCUUUUGUGGGGGAGUACGCACGACCCGUCUGCCCUGAAGCUCCGGUUUAGAGCUCACAAGCUACAGAUGGCCAUUCGACUCCCGACAGUUCUUGCUGAUGCUUCUGCUGGUGGGUGCGAAGCAGUGUGCCCGGACUACCAUAGACGUUUUAUUGGUGUGGCUUCCGCUCGCUGGCUUUAAUCUUCGUGGAGAGCACUUAGUGAUGAAACGCAGGAUUCCCCGCUUAGUUGGGUCCAUUUGGAACGAUUCACAGAGCCCCAAAGCGCCUUCUUAUGAAGUUCUCCCCACCCCCCCCCUCCCUCAUUCAUCCUCUGCAUAGCCUCCGCGCCCUCAGGAUGGGCUAA